AAAACCAAAGCCGAGCACAAACACCUCCAACGGUCAGGACCGCGACUUCCACUGCGUCGCGGCGAAUGGGGUUUGACAAGUUCUGCAGUCUGGACCGUUCCGAUCCGUUCUGGGAUUGGAACCGUACAUGGUACACUGCAAACCCAGACCUCACCCAGUGUUUCCAGAACACUGUCCUGGUGUGGCUGCCAUGCCUCUACCUCUGGGUUUGUGCCCCUAUCUACCUCAUCUACCUCCGCAGCCACGACCGGGGCUACAUAUGUAUGAGUCACCUCAACAAAGCUAAAACUGCUGUUGGUCUUCUACUGUGGAUCAUCUGCUGGUCAGAUGUUUUCUAUUCUUUCUGGGAAAGAAGUCAUGGCAACAGCAUCCCCGCCGCUGUCCACCUGGUCAGUCCAACCUUACUGGGCCUCACCAUGCUGCUGGCCGCCAUGGUAAUCCAGUAUGAGCGGAUGAAGGGCGUUCAGUCAUCUGGAGUGAUGCUGAUCUUCUGGCUGCUUGCACUGCUGUGUGCCACAGUCACCUUUAGGUCUAAAAUCCUCCAGGUCCUGGACCAGCCUCUCACGGUCAGUGCGUGGCGAUACACCACCUUUUACAGCUACUACGCUCUGCUGCUGGUCGCUCUGUUCCUGUCCUCCCUGACGGACCAGCCCCCACUCUUCUCCCAGGCUGUCAAAGACACGAACCCCUGUCCUGAGCCCGGAGCCUCCUUCCUCUCCAGAAUCACCUUCUGGUGGAUCACCAGGAUGAUGGUGACAGGCUACAAGCGCCCCCUGGAGGAAAAGGACCUGUGGUCUCUGAACCCUGAGGACCGUUCCCAGAGAGUGGUCCCACAGCUGGUGCGUCGCUGGAACACAGAGUGCCAGAAGGUCAAAAGCACGGAGCAGAAAACUUUGUACUCCCCCAGGCAGGUCCCAAACAGUGAGAGCAAAGAGGGCCGAGCAGUGGAAGAGUCUGAAAUCCUGAUUGUAAAAAACCCCCAGAAAACAAAGGAGCCCUCCCUGUUCUGGGCCCUGUGCCUGACCUUCGGGCCCUACUUCCUCAUCUCCUGCCUCUAUAAGAUCAUCCAGGACAUCCUGAUGUUCGUGGGGCCUGAGAUCCUCCGGCUGCUGAUCCGCUUCGUGAACAACUCCAGUGCCCCCUACUGGCAGGGCUACUUCUACACCGCUCUGCUCUUCAUCUGUACCUGUGUGCAGUCGCUCAUCCUCCAGAAGUACUUCCACGUCUGCUUCGUCUCAGGCAUGCGUCUGCGCACCGCCAUCAUCGGAGCCGUCUACAGGAAGGCCCUGGUUAUCAGCAGCGCAGCACGUCGCACCUCCACAGUGGGGGAGAUGGUCAACCUGAUGUCAGUGGAUGCUCAGCGCUUCAUGGACCUCAUCACGUACAUCAACAUGAUAUGGUCGGCCCCCUUGCAGGUGGUGCUGGCCCUCUACUUUCUCUGGCAGAACCUGGGUCCGUCUGUGCUGGCUGGAGUCGCUGUGAUGGUUCUAAUGGUUCCUGUUAACGCUGUCAUUGCUAUGAAGACCAAAACCUACCAGGUGGCUCAGAUGAAAAGUAAGGACAAUCGCAUCAAGCUGAUGAAUGAGAUGUUGAAUGGCAUCAAAGUGCUGAAGCUGUACGCCUGGGAACUGGCCUUCAAGGACAAGGUGUCAGAGAUCCGUGAGAGUGAGCUGAGGGUCCUAAAGAAGGCCGCCUACCUGGGUGCCAUGUCCACCUUCACCUGGGUCUGUGCACCUUUCCUGGUUGCCCUCUCCACCUUCACUGUGUACGUCCUGAUCGAUGAACACAACGUGCUCGACGCUCAAAAAGCCUUUGUGUCGCUGGCGCUCUUCAACAUACUGCGAUUUCCUCUCAACAUGCUGCCUAUGGUCAUCAGUAGUAUGGUGCAGGCCAGUGUGUCCCUGAAGAGGCUCAGAGUGUUUCUGUCCCACGAGGAGCUGCAGGAAGACAGUGUGGAGCACCGAGCAGCAGCCGGCUCCCCACACAGUGUCUCCAUAGUGGAUGGAGUUUUCAGCUGGUCCAGAACUGAGUCACCGACACUGAAGCAGAUGAAUAUGUGUAUCCCAGAAGGCUCUCUGGUGGCUGUGGUGGGACACGUGGGUUCAGGAAAGUCCUCUCUGCUCUCCGCCCUGCUCGGGGAGAUGGACAAACUGGAGGGAACCGUGGCUGUCAAGGGGUCAGUGGCCUACGUUCCCCAGCAGGCCUGGAUCCAGAACUCUACCCUGAGAGACAACAUAAUGUUUGGUCAGGAGAGGAGAGAGGCCUGGUAUCAUCGUGUGGUGGAUGCUUGCGCCCUCCAGCCUGACCUCGAGAUCCUUCCUGCUGGAGACGAGACCGAGAUCGGAGAGAAGGGAGUGAAUCUGUCUGGAGGUCAGAAACAGAGGGUGAGCCUGGCCAGGGCUGUGUACUGUGACCGAGCUGUCUACCUGCUGGACGACCCACUGUCUGCGGUGGACGCCCACGUAGGAAAACACAUCUUUGAUCAGGUCAUUGGUCCUCAGGGACUGCUAAAGGACAAGACUCGUGUGCUGGUGACCCAUGGGCUGAGCUACCUGCCCCAGGUGGACCUCAUCCUGGUCAUGGUGGGGGGAGAGGUGACGGAGAUGGGCUCGUAUCAGCAGCUCAUGGCCACAGAGGGCGCCUUCUCUGAGUUCCUGCGGACAUACGCAUCUGUGGACUACACUGACAACAACGAAAUUCCGCCAAAGAGUGGAACCAAAGGAACAGAGAACGGCAGCGCAACUGCUCUGGCUGGCAGUCCAGUUGUCAGCAGUGUGUCCAAGCUGUCCCAGACCAACAAGGAGGGCCAGGACCUGAACAAGAAGGCAAAGAACCCUGAGGUGGGCAAGCUGACUGAGGCUGACAAGGCCAGCAUUGGACGGGUCCAACUGUCUGUGUUCUGGGCAUACCUGAAGGCCAUUGGGGUUCUCCUGUCCUGCAUCAGUCUGCUGCUGUUCCUCGCCCAUCACCUGGUCUCCCUCUUCUCCAACUACUGGCUGAGUCUGUGGACGGACGACCCGGUGGUUAACGGCACGCAGCCGAACAGACUGAUGAGACUGGGGGUGUACGGUGGUCUCGGCCUGUCCCAGGGCGUGGCAGUCUUUGGUUACUCCCUCUCCAUGUCCAUCGGGGGGAUCCUGGCGUCCCGCGUCCUCCACCAGUCCAUGCUGUACGAUGUCCUCCGCUCACCUAUGUCCUUCUUCGAGCGAACCCCCAGCGGAAACCUGGUCAACCGCUUCGCCAAGGAGAUGGACACCAUCGACUCAAUGAUCCCCGUCAUCAUCAAGAUGUUUAUGGGCUCCAUGUUCAACGUGCUGGGGGCCUGCGUCAUCAUCCUCGUCGCCACGCCACUGGUCGCCAUCAUCAUCCCUUUCCUCGGUCUGCUCUACUUUUUUGUGCAGAGGUUUUAUGUUGCAUCAUCUCGUCAGCUGAAGCGUCUGGAGUCCGUCAGCCGUUCACCCAUCUACACUCACUUUAAUGAGACUCUGCUGGGCACCUCCGUCAUUAGAGCCUUUGGAGAACAGGCACGCUUCAUCUGUGAGAGCGACCAGAGGGUAGACCACAACCAGAAGGCCUACUACCCUGGCAUAGUGGCCAACAGGUGGCUCGCAGUCCGUCUGGAGUUUGUGGGAAACUGCAUCGUGUCAUUUGCUGCUUUGUUUGCUGUCAUAGCUAGAGACAGCCUCAGUCCGGGCAUCAUGGGCCUGUCCAUCUCCUACGCCCUCCAGCUGACUGCCUCUCUGACCUGGCUGGUGAGGAUGUCCUCUGACGUGGAGACCAACAUCGUGGCUGUUGAGAGAGUGAAAGAGUAUGGCGACACAGAGAAAGAGGCCGAGUGGAAACACGAGUCCUCCCCCCUCCCACCGGGGUGGCCCACUGACGGCUGCAUCGACAUCAGAAGCUUUGGCCUGCGCUACCGCCACGACCUGGACCUCGCCAUCCGCAACAUCAGCAUCAAGAUCAACGGAGGAGAGAAGGUGGGGAUCGUGGGGCGCACUGGAGCGGGGAAGUCCUCCCUGACUCUGGGACUGUUCCGGAUCAUCGAGGGAGCUGAGGGCCACAUCUUCAUUGACGGGGUGGACAUUGCUCAGCUGGGCCUCCAUGACCUCCGCUCCAGAAUCACCAUCAUCCCACAGGACCCGGUGCUGUUUUCUGGCUCUCUGAGGAUGAACCUGGAUCCUUUCGACAGCUACUCUGAUGAGGACGUGUGGCGGGCUCUUGAGCUCUCCCACCUCAAGGCCUUUGUCUCCGGUCUGCCCAACAAACUCACCCAUGAGUGCAGUGAAGGAGGGGAGAACCUCAGUGUAGGUCAGAGGCAGCUGGUGUGCCUGGCCAGAGCUCUGCUCAGGAAGACCAAGAUCCUGGUUCUGGACGAGGCCACAGCAGCUGUGGAUCUGGAGACAGACAACCUGAUCCAGUCCACCAUCCGGUCUCAGUUUGAGGACUGCACCGUACUUACUAUAGCUCAUCGCCUCAACACCAUCAUGGACUACAACAGGGUCCUGGUGUUGGACAAAGGUGAGAUGGCAGAGUUUGACUCCCCCUCUCACCUCAUCGCUCAAAGAGGAGCCUUUUACAAGAUGGCCAAGGACGCUGGACUGGUCUGAAGCAGGAGGUCUGGUCUGAAGUAGGAGGUGCCUCACUUGGUCCAGCUGCUCCUCUGGCCCCCCCAGCUCUGCUGGCUCCCGGAGGUCCUGAGUUAAAGAGAGGGAGAUGAAGCAGGAGCCUGUUUGAAAGUGGUGGUGAGAACAAGGGCUUUGGCCUGACCUGCUCCACCCGACACCUCCGUCCUCAUUGAACUACAGAUUCUCCCUGUUAGUCCAGAUCAUGUCUAUGUCCCCUGGUCUCUUCCCACCCCCCUUCACAGUCUCUCUCUUCUGUUUCUGCCAUGAAGGUGGUAACAAGAGUGUCAAAUGUGGCUUUUAUUUUGACAGAGCAAUGUAUCAGUGCUGGAGCAGUGUCUCAGGUCAGAGGAGGACAAAGAGACAAGUGUCCUCUAAGUUUGACAUCAUCAGUGCCAAAUACGUCCCUCACAUGUCCCAUUUUAGGAUUUGAGAAGAUGAAGGGACACUUCUCCCACAGACAGUCCAGAAGUGUCUCCUCACACUGUCCUGCUCUGUCCCAGGUCCAUACCACACACCAGAGACAGUCCAGGAUAUAGUCUCUGUGCUAUUGUGUCUGUCUUUUACUGUCAGAGUAAGAUAUGAACACAGUUUUGUGAUUCAGUGUGAUUCAGUCUCAGUUUAAAGGAAAACACUGGUGUUAGUGGGGAACCUAAAAGAUCCUAGGACUUAAAGCCAAGUGGACUCUGACUGAGACUGAGGCUGAGACUCUGUCUCUGACCGAGACUGAGACUCUGACCAAGACUGAGACUCUGAGAUUGUGACUCUGACUGAGGCUGAGAUUCUGAUUCUGACUGAGACCCCGACUCUGACUAAGAAUGAGACUCUGAGAUUGUGACUCUGCCUGAGGCUGAGACUGAGACUGAGAUUCUGACUCUGACUGAGGCUGAGAUGCUGAGAUUUUGUCUCUGGCUGAGGCUGAGACUGAGACUGGCUCUAACCGAGACUGAGACUCUGACCAAGACUGAGACCUUGACUGACUAAGACUCUGAGAUUGUGACUCUGACUGAGGCUGAGACUCUGACUGAGAAUC